AUGUCAGCACCAGCUCCUACCAGAACGCAGAUAUUGCACAUGUACAAAGACUUCAUCAGGAAUGCCAACAAGAUACAGAACUACAACUUCAGGCACUACUUCUUGAGGAGAGCAAAGGAAUCUUUCAGAGAAAACAAAAACGUUCAAGAUCCAAAGAAGGUCAAUGAGCUACUUACCGAGGCCGAGAAGGAUUUGGGUGUCUUGAAAAGACAAUCGAUCAUCUCUAACAUGUACACAUUCGACAAGUUGGUUGUGGAACCACUGAAGAAACGCUGA